GAUGCCAUUUUCAUAACAGUUUACGCAAUGAACAAAACGUGAUGACGCAAUCUCCAACGUUCGGCGCUGUUGUACAAGCAUGAUACGUGCGCUAAGUGUCAUUGGAUCGAGGAACAUUGGAAAAAUAGGGAAAUAUUGCAAACCCUAUGCCUUCCCGGCUCCUUGUAAACAUCAGUUAAAUUCUUUAUUUUUCUGCACGAAACCUACGGACACGCACAGUGCAAUGGAUUUGAGUGAUAUGAGAAAGAAAUACAAAGGAGACGAUCAGUGUUUCGAAGAGGAUCAGUUGGUUUCGCUGGACCCUAUAAAGCAAUUUGGUGACUGGUUUGAGCAAGCCACGAAAUGCCCAGAAGUUGGAGAAGCUAAUGCUAUGUGCAUUGCCACUGCUACCAAAGAUGGACGCCCAUCUGCACGGAUGGUGCUGCUGAAAGGCUUCAGUCAUGAGGGCUUCCGCUUCUUCUCCAACUACGAGAGCCGCAAAGGCGAAGAGCUGGAGAGCAACCCAUAUGCUUGCCUAGUGUUCUACUGGGAGCCCUUAAACAGGCAGAUCCGCAUUGAGGGCGACGUGGAGCGAAUCCCCUUCCAGAGCUCCUGUGAUUACUUCCACUCUCGCCCCAAGAGCAGCCAAAUCGGCGCUGUGGUCAGCCGACAAAGCACGGCGAUACCAGACAGAGAGUACCUGAGACAGAAGAAUUCUGAAUUAGAAGAGAGGUAUAAGGACACCGAUGUCCCAAUGCCUGACUACUGGGGGGGAUAUAUCGUCAAGCCUUACUACAUCGAGUUUUGGCAAGGCCAGACCAACAGGCUCCAUGACCGGAUAGUGUUCACACGACCGAAAAAGGGAGAGCCAGAGCUGAAGGACAUGCAGCACCACGCAGAGGGGGGCUGGGUUUAUCAGCGGCUGUCUCCUUGAUUGACAACUCAUGCCUCCCAUCAGCGUUAGAUAAAACAUCCAUUUUUUUGUAUCAUACUGUUAACAUAAAGUCAAACAGUUUUCUCAAAAUGAUCCGAAAGGGACAGUGUGUACUUUUAAAAUCCACCUCAAAGCCAUUUCAUGCUCUGAGUUGCUAGCUGGUCUUGAGGUGUUCUGUCCUGACAUGGCUCAUUGUUUUUGGUUUGUUUGUUUGUUUGUUUGUUUGUUUUGUUUUGGAAAUGUACAUGCCGUUAUAACAGAGCGUAUUUACAGAAGGAAGACCGAGGCCAUAAGUCUCCCUCAUAAUGGUGGUCUCACUGCUGUCCAAAGGAUACGCUCUGACGAGUGAAGUAUCUGUGUGGCGUACACGUUUGAGCUGAUGUCAUUGCUUUCCCUCAGAGCGCUGUCAGCACUCAGAAGUCUUAAAGCACAAGCUCCUCCGCCUUUAAAACUGUAUGAGGCUCAUAUCUCAUAUCGUAAAAUUAAAUGGCUCUCAGAGCCGCCCACCUCAUGUCAACGUGUGUGUAAUGAAGAUUGCAAAUGUGUCCAAAAUUCCUGUGUGCGUUUCUGUUUGUGUUGUGUUGUUUCAUAGGUGUGUAAUUCACCUUACUGAUAGCGAUGAAUACACACAAGUGCUAUGAAGUGCCAAGUUUCCCUAAAACUUAAUCAAUGCAGUAUUUAGAGUAAACUUGACUGAUCCGUGAUUCCAGUGGUAAUGUUUACACGUCCUAAUGUGUGAUAUGAAUCUGAGAUGUAUAUGUGUACAUUAAUUCUGUCAUGAUGCACCAAGGGUGCUUCAGCAAUAUAGUUUAAGAGAACGAGAAAAGUAUACAAUAAAGACAUACUUGACUUACG